GAUUGACACUUAACAAUUCCAAUUCACCAAAAGUAAAGAUCUGUGAUGGGGUGGUGAAUUUAAGAAUUUAGUUUGCGUGCUUGCUAGUUUUCUGGAGUAAUAGGUGCCAAAUUUCCAUGCUUGUUAAAACGGCGGGUUAUUAAUUUUCCGUAAGGAGAUGGCGACACAGCCAAGCGACAGCACCGAAUUUCCACCAGAAAUAAUACUUAAGCCCUUAGCACUUAUUGGGCUUUCUGGGCUGGAUACCAUUAAUAAUGCAGUGCACAAAGCUAUAUGGGACGCGUUUUCAAAUAACCGAAGGGCCGAUCGCGCAUCUGUACGUUUUAAAUUACUCAACAACACGUUUGAAUUUCCUGUUGUUAAGCCAAAAAGAAAUUCCUACGAAUGGUAUAUACCCAAAGGAAUUUUGAAAAAAAAUUGGAUUCAUAAAAGGGUAAAUUUAAUUCCUGCUGUAGUAGUCAUAUUUUAUGACAUGGAGUGGAAUGAUCCUCAAUGGAAUGAAAAAAUAAUCGAGUGUGCAUCUAGAGUCCAGUCCAUCCGAGCCGCCGUCGAAGGACACGCCACCCGGGUGGCGGUGGUCGUAGUACAGAGUGGGCUAUCUCCGCCUCCAUCAGAAUACAUGCUGGGCGCAGAACGGGCCCAGGCGCUUUGUGCAGCUUGUGAAAUACAAUCCAAAUCAUUAUUUGUUCUUCCCCAUAGUGACCACCUCAUGGGUUACAUAAUACGGCUCGAGAAUGCUUUUUAUGAUAUUGCUCAAAAUUACUACCACCAUGAGACUAAAAAUAUUAAGCAGCACAGAGAUCAUCUUAACAAAACUACCCAUCAAUAUUUGUUUGUGCGUCAUCAAUACAAGUUGGGAUAUUUAAAUGAACUGAAGCAAGACCUAAGCACAGCUCACAAACAUUACAUGCAUGCAUACAGUAACUUAUUAGAAACACGUACAGUUGACACCAACAUGCAUGAAAUCAGAACAGUGGCUGGGUACAUCAAUUAUAAGUUGUGUAAACUUUUGUUUGCAUUAAAUCUACCCCGAGAUGCCAUUGCACAGUUAAAAUCUCAUAUUGAGCGUUACAAGAGCAGAGUUGGGCCAACAGAACUUCUCUUUGAACAUUAUGCAUGGAUCGCUCGACAAUACAGUGCCUUUGGAGAGCUCUUUGACGAGGCUAUUCGUGCAGGUCUACCCGGUAUACAGUCGCAACAUCCAGGCUUCUAUUACCAGCAGGCAGCUCAAUUUACUACCAUGAGAAGACAAGCAAUGCGGUCGGUUUGCUGUGACGCCAUGCAAUAUCCUCCGCCUCCUGAUCCAUUAGAAGGAACAGUUGAGUUCUAUGGUCAAAGACCUUGGAGGCCAGGCAGACUGAGCGCUGAUCCUCAUGAUCCUCAAAAAGAACAGGCCGCCAUCUUAGCCUUACAGUACAGUGAGCGUAUGUUCAAUCACUCAGGAAUGAUUGUAAGCUUCUUGGGUAGUACCAUUUCUCAAUUCAAAACAUUCCACUCUCCACGAAUGAGGAAGCAAUUAGUGGUAGAAAUGGCUAAUGAAUACUAUUACUGUAAUGAUUUUGGCAAGGCUUUAACUCUAUUAAGCCAUAUGUUGUGGGACUACAGAAGGGAGAAGUGGUGGUUUUUGGCAUCCCAUGUUUUAAAUCGUGCUUUGCAAUGUGCCUAUCUUGCAGCUAAAAUACAGGAUUAUAUCCAACUUUCUGUUGAAGCAUUAUCUAAACAUAUACAAGUACCAAACAAUGACAAGGAAAGAAUAUUUAGGAAUAUCAUGUCUGUUCUCAAUCUUACAAUUCCUGCUCCCGAACCAGAAUUACCUGCUUCGUCCCAAAGUAAGGCGUUAGAAUUAUGGCAGCUUGCAGUAGAAAAAGAACCUUUCGUUAUUGCUAUUGAUAUGGUUAAUAUUUCCAGUUUCUUAGAAGUGAAAAGCAAAUUCAAGCAACAAAUAUAUAGGAUGGAUGAAGUUGUGGAGGUAGAGGUGUAUGUGCGAUUAUCUUAUGUCACGUCACUUGAAGUUAAAAAAUUGUUUUUAACAAUAUCCAGUAAAACAGAGACCAUCGAAAUUCCUAUAUCUGAUAAUGGGAACACACUCAUCUCUUUGGUUGGAGGAAAAGUUAAGAAAUUUAUUUGUCAAUUCAAAACAAACCCUAAUGACAGCGGUACAGACCUCUACAUAAAAAAUGUUUCUAUUGUACUCGAUUCGGAUAGGAAAAGAAAAAUUGUGAUGAACUUUAAAGUGGAAGACACUAAGAUUGUAGAAACUGCUGUGCAUCCAGAGUUAUUGCAUUUCAUUUUAAGUCCGAAAGCUGACUAUGAAUUCGAUUGCAUUGUGCCUUGCACAACAACCUCCAUUACGGCCAGGGAGUGCAGGCUCUCACUAGAUGUAUCAAACGCGUGUCCUGCUCUGCAGGGCGAGUGGUUUCCCACAUCGUUCACUGUGGUAAACAAUGAAGAGUCUCAAGUUAAUGACAUGCUGAUUACAGUAUCCCUUGUGAGCACUCUUGAUAACCAAAACCCAGAUUCAGUAACAGAUUUAAGCUGGAAACCCGGACAGUCACAGGGGCAGCCUUUGAAAAUUUCAGCAGAUUUACCUGAAAUGCCAAAGCUGGAAUGUGUUAAAGAGUUUACAACAAAAGUGAUAGUGAUAAAACCUUUUGAGGUGACAACUCAAUUUGUUGGUAUGAAUUUCAAACCUAUAAGCAAAUGUUUUGUUAAUGAUGACUUUGUUGUGAUGCCACAAAUCAAAAUACUAAGUCCAUGGGACUUGCUCAUUGUUGACACCGAGUUGGAUGUAGCUGCUUGCUUUGACUAUGGUGAUAGUAAGCCUUCAUCUUGUGUAAGUAAUUUGGAGGUAGCAGAAAAAAAUGUAGCAUCAGAUGCGGUUUGUGUGCGGGCAAAAUACAAACCUAAAGACCCACCAACUCGAGUAGGCCUCUACAACAUAACCUGGAGGAGAAGUAACUUCCAAGGUCAUAGUGUAAGAAGUACUACUGCUCUAUCCGGCAUCCCAGUGGAUGACUGCCCUAUAUCAUUACAAGUUAAUUAUCCAGAAAUUAUUGAGUUACAAACCUCUGUUCCACUCAAGUGUACUUUAUUUGGUAACACAAAUACACCAAUAAGGCUCUGUCUCACUUUAGAGGGAACAGAUGCCUAUAUGUUCUCAGGAUACAAACGGCUCAUGGUGACAGUGCCCCCCCAUGAUAAAGUUGAUCUCUGUUACAACAUACAACCUCUUGUCACUGGAAACACCACACCGCCCAGGUUAAAAGCCACAGUUCUAGGUGAAGCGGCCAAUCAGGAAGUUGUUAAAGAGAUGUUUGACAAGAAAUUUCCACAGAAUAUAUUUGUUAUGCCUAAGUACAAUAAAUAAAUUGUAUUUAACUGUUGAUCCUUCAAUUUUAAUAGAAUUGUAAAUAGCUAAGAACAAAACAUAUUACUAUUAAACAGUUAUCUUGUGAUUAUUUUACCAAUAAAUUUAGUUAUUUGUUA